GACCUGAUUUUCCUCAUCCGGUUCCGGCACUGCUGCCUGCUCCGAAACCAGCGCUGCGUCCUGGCCUACCUGUAUGACCGGUUGCUGCGGAUCCGAGCACUAAGGUGGGAGUAUGGCAGUGUCCUGCCAAAUGCCAUCCAGUUUCACAUGUCAGCUGAGGAAGUGGAGUGGUUCAAUCAGUACAAAAAGUCUCUGGCUACCUACAUGAGGUCAGUAGGAGGAGAGGAGGGUCUGGACCUUACACAGGACAUAAAACCUCCUAAAAGCCUGUACAUUGAAGUACGGUGUUUGAGAGACCAUGGAGAAUUCGAGAUUGAUGAUGGUACCACCAUCCUGUUGAAGAAGAACAGCCAGCACUUUUUACCCCGCUGGAAAUGUGAGCAGUUAAUCAGACAAGGAGUCCUGGAGCACAUUCUGUCCUGA